AUGGUCAAUAUGAAACGGCUGAGCAAAUACAAGCAUACGACGACGAUUCAAUUGGCCCAAAUCGAGACCACUGGAACAAGGACGGUGGUUGUGGAUGCGAACAAGAAUGUUUUUGUCUUCAAUCCGGUAUUCGAUACUCUUCUUGAAAUAUCGACGUCAUGCGGCAACAUAAUCGACGUGCUGUGGGAAAAUUGGUCCCCUGAAAAGUUGCACGAGUUACUGCAGAAGUUCAUGUCCUUGAAAAGUUGGCACAAGGCGUGGAAGAUUUGCACUGUGAUUGGAAGCUCUGAAUCGUGGUUGACACUGAGCCACGCUGCCCUAGAGCACCUGAAUCUUGACUUUGCCAUGAAAGUGUACAGAGAAAUGAAAAACGUUUCGAUGGUUUGGUACCUGACUGAAAUCAAAGAGUAUGAAGACCGCAAUUUGUUGGCCGGAUGUAUUGCUAUUAUACUUGGCCAGUACGAUAUGGCAGAAAAGUAUUUUCUGGAAUCCAGUUCGCCUGAACGAGCCCUUGAGAUGAGGCGUGAACUUCUACAGUGGGAAAAGGCACUCCAGUUAGCAAAGCAGAUAGCUCCGGAUAUGAUACCAUUCGUUGCCAAAGAAUGCGCUCAGGACUGCGAAUUUUCGUAA